AUGCUAUUAUUUUUCAAAACUUCUGAAAAAUUGCAAACGUUGGAAAUCGACGUGGACGAGUUCUACCCGCCAACAGACAAGUACCUAGUUUUUGCUCAUUGGGAAUGUUGUGCCUAUUGGGUGAGCAAAAGAAUGAGUUCACAGGAGCACCACACUUGUCCCAAUUGCAAUUGCAGAGUUAAAGCCCAUGUGGCUUUUUCUUUGGUCACCGAUGCGUUUGAAUUCAAGAACUAUUUGAUUGUUGUCAACGCCGUGGAAAAAUUUCAGGCAGCUCAGGUCCGAGCCUUGUCAGAUUAUUUGGAUCAGAAAAAUCAGAUAGAGAGUCAAAUGCUUCCUAGCUCCCUUUCAAACACACCGGAAUACCCAGGCAAUAACGGACAAUUUUUCAAAUCCUGGCUUUUCUGGGACAUUCCCUACCCAAUGCCAGAGGUUUAUGGUGUGAACAAGUGUUUCCGAUUGGUUGGAAAUGGAAAUUUCGUCCCAAAACCCAAUGAGUGGGUGUUGUUUAAUUGA